UCAGUCAGUCGUUCGUCUUCCUGUUCAGCAGCCGCUCUCUUCCUCUCCGCUACCAGACUUCAGUCACCAAUCGAUCAAAAAUGACGAAGAGGACAAAGAAGGCUGGAAUUGUUGGAAAGUAUGGUACACGCUAUGGUGCCAGUCUGCGGAAGCAGAUUAAGAAGAUGGAGGUUAGCCAGCAUAGCAAAUACUUGUGUGAAUUUUGUGGAAAGUACGCUGUGAAGAGAAAGGCGGUUGGAAUCUGGGGCUGCAAAGAUUGUGGCAAAGUUAAAGCAGGAGGAGCAUACACAUUGAAUACUGCAGUGCUGUGACAGUCAGGAGCACAAUUCGGAGGCUGAGGGAGCAAACCGAGAGUUGAUCUCGAGUCAGAUUUUCUCAUGCUGA